AUGACACAAAUCGUCUCUACGUCUCCCACCACCGCUGGCAGUGUCGACAUCUUGAUCCUAGGAGCUGGCUGGACAUCCUCAUUCCUGAUUCCCCUGUGCAUGGACCGGUCUCUGCUCUACGCUGCUACAACCAGGGACGGCCGAGAUGGUACUCUCAAAUUCGUCUUUGACCCUGAAUCUGCCGACCUGGAACCCUAUCGCGUUCUCCCGGAUGCUCGAACUGUGCUGAUCACUUUCCCUAUCACAGUUGCUGGCGGAUCUGUAAAUCUCGUCAAAUCAUACAUCCAAAGUCGGGACGAUGCUUCACGAGACCAGGUCGCCAGAGAGGCACAGUUCAUACAAUUGGGAACAAGCAGUGUCUGGGAUGGAGGGCGAAGAGCGAAGGGGGCAUCGGCGCCGCCAAAACCAGUCGAAAACAAGUGGUACGAUCGACAUAGCCCCAUUGUCCUUACAGAUCGAGCCAAGGAGGAAGAAGAACUCUUGGGAUUAGCCAGCGAAUACGGUAUAACCGUCUUAAACCUGGUUGGUCUGUGGGGUGGUAGCCGUUCGCCCAAGAACUGGGUAGGGAAGGUUGCGCCAACCAAAGAUGCCCUGAAAGCAAAGGGAAACAUCCAUCUGAUCCACGGGGUCGACGUCGCUCGAUCUAUCCUCGCCGUCCAUUCAAACUUUGCGAAAGCGAGAGGACAACGUUGGGUUGUGAGCGACGGUCGUGUAUACGAUUGGUGGUCUCUGGCCUCAGUUUGGGGAGGAACCCCAGGCGAUCCCAGUGACAAAAAGGAGGAGGAUGGAGACAGAGGACCGUAUGCUCGCUGGGUUCGCGAGUUAAUGGAGGAGGCCGGGGUCAGAGCGUUACCUCGAAACAUUGAGGUUUUGGGACGUGCAAUCGAUUCACAGGAAUUCUGGAGAACAUUCGAACUUACCCCUACCAAGACGUUGUUGGGGGACGGGUGCUGA